AUGAACGACGAAUAGCAAUUGUCAAAUAAAAACACAGAUCGAAAGCAAUAGCAUUCUAAUAAUCAUAAUUAUAAUCAAAAUAAUCCACUUUCAGACUCCUCAUAUUCUAGAGAGAGUAACGAUAACAUCAUUGAAGACUAGCAAAUAAUUUCUCAGGAAUCAAGAUCUCGGACAUCGAGUGAAAAUCGAAUUGAAAUUGAAGAUUGCCAAAAUUAUUCAUAUCAGAAAAACAGAAUAUUAGACACAGAGGAUAACCAGCAAUUUCUUUAAUCGUCACUUAAAUCUGAUUUAAACUGCUUAAAGUAUAUAUCUCAAUAGGAAGAUCUGGAAGGAGAAUAUUAGGAAGAACCAGAGUUAGAGGAAUAAAGAAAUGAUGGGUACAAUUUAGUUAUGAAUCUUUCAUAGAAGCAAUACUUCAGCGAAGCUUCUCUAUCGCCUGAAAAGCCAGUUAUUACUGAAAAUCUUUCUGCUGCCAAAUAAUUAUAAUUCAAUUAAUCUAAGAAAGAUGAACUCGAGGAUAUAUUUAAAAACAGCAAUUUAUUUGUUGGAUGCAUAGUAAGAGCUCCUAAAAAGGAAAUGAUAAAUAAAGAAUAAACACAACGGACUGGAAGACAUUAAUAGCCGUCUGGGAUGGGAAGCAGAAGUAGUUCAUUUGUUUAAAAAUAGAAAAGUUAAUUGGAUUUAAGGUGCCUUGAAGCUAAGGAAGUUAAGUAAAGAUAUACAAAUUUAUUUACAACUCAAAAGUAAUCAAGAUAUCUGUUCAAUUCAAAAGCCUACGUUCACAAAGAUGUUCUUAAACAAAUCCUACCAAACUAAAAAUCUAUACCAUACUUUAUGACUCUAAAUGAUAAUCCUUCUGAUUUCAAGACUUUUCUCUAUGAUACUUGUAUUAAUGAGGAUUAAGGGCAUAACAUAAGAGGCUUGACAAAAUAAAUUAACAAUUUUUUCCAUAAUGAACAGAAAACUUAAAAUUUGAAUCAGUAGAUUAACAACUAUUCAAACCUUGAUAAUGAAAAGGCAAAUGAUUUGUUCUUUCUAUUUGGCUAGAAUUCAUCAUUCAAGAGUGAUUUAUUCAACCCAAUCGAUCCAGAUUCUCUUAUUUCGAAAUGCGUUAGUGAGUUAAAAGAUCCAAUUAAAUUCCUAAGAGUUAGUAUGUUCUAUCUUGAUUUGGAGUACACUCUUAUUUAAAAAUCUUACUAAGGAUAAACCAACUCUUAAGUUAAUUAAGAAUUUUGGUAUGAUUUAAGGUAAUCUUAACGAACAAGAUAAUCUAUUGUUAAAAAAAUUAUAACAAAUAAGUAAAUUGACAAUACUAAAGAUAACAUUAAAUAUGGAUCUCAUCUGAUAAUCUAAGUUAAUAACCUAAUCUUUAUUGACCUUGGAGGUAUUGAAUGUUUGAAUCAAUCAGGUAGCACAUUAAUUGUUUAGAAUUUGACAAUGAACUUUAGCUCAGUUACUAAUGAAAUUCUUAAGUUAUCAUAGUAUUAUCAAAAUCAUAGAUUUUAAAUUUCUGAAGAGCAGGAAAGUUCCCCAUUCAAUUAAUACCUACGCUAAUAUAUUAGCUAGGAAUCAAAAGUUGCUUUAUUAUGCAGUGUAUCACCAAAAAGAGAACUCUAAUAAUAGACUUUGAUAGCCCUUGACUAUUGCCAAAAAAUAAAAUCAUAUUUUAACGGUAUAUCUGAGAAUGAUUUAUAAACACACCUCGCUGAAAAUAUAUUUAAGACUUAGGAUGAGCUUCCAAUACAUUAAGUCGAAAUGGGAUAACUUUUAUUGAUCAUCAAUAAAGUUUAAAUGAGAUUAGUCAAGAAAAAUAAAAUGAACUCAAAGAAAAUCUAAAAGUAUAAACUUACUCUUGAGAAAAUUUAGCUGAAAAUAGAUGAUGUGAAGGGAAACAUUAUUAAUGUUGGAGAAUUCGACCAAUGCUUAAUAAAUGAAUUGCAUUCCUAAAUGACUGAAUGCUACAAACUUGUAAAAGAACAGUAAGGUUUACAAUAGCAAAAAUCGCCUAUCAAUAUAAGCAAUUAUUAAAGCAAUUCGAGAUAGGCUAUUUCAGCAACCAGAUAGAAAUCUGUACUUAGUUAGCAUUCUGCUUACAAAAGCUUUAGAGAUUCAUAUGUGAGCAGUUAAUAAGCUAAGAAAUCAGGAAAAAAGGGAGGGAGAAGUACUUAAAGAUCUAAGAAAUAAAUGUAGAGAUCAGCUUCUAGAUCUAUAAGGCAAAGUAUAAGUAGCAAUAAAUUACUAUCCCCUUUAGCAACAGACAAACUUCAGCCAAAAGAAUAAGAACAACUUAUUGAGCAAGCAAAGAUUAAUAGAAACUAAAACAUAUAAUGCUAGAUUAUUGAUAAAGAUGAAUCUGCAUAUCAUUAAGUGAUUUCUGGAAAUGCCUCUCCUGUAGACCAAAUUUAACAAAGAGACACUCCAUAGUUUUAAGAUGAUUAAUAAUUUUAAAGCAGCAGUCUUUAUCUUAAAACAUCUGGAGUGUCAUCAAAUUAUACAAGUCAAAAGAGAUUAUUUUCGAUAGGUAGAAUUCAAGAUAUGAACAAAUUUAAUAGUUAGUUUAGCUCAAUUAUUUAACCAAAAGGUAGUCUCUAUUGCAAUACUGAUUAAUCUAUUGAAGUGAAAGAGGAAGUAUUGCUCUCUAAUAUUGCUGAAUUUGAUAAAGAAAAUGAUUUAAAUUAGACUAUUAAUGUCAUUUAAGGCAAGCUAAAGUAGGCUUUAACAGAGAAUGAAUCUUUAAGAAAUCUUAAAAUCAUCUAUGAGAAACAGAUACAGCAGUUCUAAAAUUAAUCCAAAGCAUCUAAUGCUAACAAUUCCAAAAAUAUUGAUAAUAAAAAGUAGUUGAAGGAUUCAAAGUAAAAAAUUGGUGAUCUUUAAUCAUAACUUAAACUAAAAGACUAAUAAAUACUAAAAUUGAAAGAAAAGCAGGAUAAAUUAAUUGAUACUUCCAAAGAAUCUAAGGACUUAGAGAUUGAUAAAUUGAAAAGAGAGCUUUAGCAAGUAAAAGAGGAUAGAGACCAGAAGUAGAAUCUAAAUCUAGCUAUUUUGCAGUAAAUUUAGGUAAUGAAGGAGGUAAUUGAAGACUUUAAGGAAAAAGAAAAGGAGAAAACUGAUUUAAUUGAGAAACUUCAACAAAAGGAUUUGAAAAUCAAGAAAUUGAAUGAUCUAAUAACUGAAAUGAGAAAUGGAAUGAAGAGUACAAAAGAUAUAAAGUACCAUGACGAAAAACUUCAGAAACUAGAAAAAGAAAAUAGAUACCUUAAUGAAACUUAGAAUCUGAAAAUAAAUGAAGUUGAGACUAAAUUUUAGAACCUAUUUGUUGAUUAUAAAUACUCUUUAGAUGAAAAUAAGGAAUUGAAAAAGAAAGCUGAAAGUCUUGAAGGAUUACUCAGAUAAACGGAAAAGGCAAAAGAAAAUUUUAAGGAUCAAACUAUUGAUCUAAAAUAAGAAAUAAGGCAUCUAAAGAAUUAAUUGAAGGAGAAUUGCGAAAACAUUGAAUAUAUGAAAUAAAAAGCAAUGGACUAGUAGAAAAGUAUGGUACUAGGAGACAUUAAAAAUCUUAUCAAAGACUAUAAGAAUGAGAAGAAACUUAAUUCUUCUUAGAAAUGA